AUGGCCUGGGAGGAGCUGGCAGCAAGAGAAGGCCGGAGAGUCCUGAGGGAGCACAGACACCGGGAAAGACUGAGCACCUGGCUUCUAGACGCAAGCCGGCUCAGGCCCAGGGUUCCGACAUCAGUGCUGGGUUCAGAGGGUCAGACCCUUGAGGAGGUAUGUGAGCCCGGCGCAGCCCAUCCCCCACGUGCACGAUCCCUCCCCGGGCUGGGGCACCGCCCCGUGGAAGCGACUUCAAAGGGUCUGUGCCUGGGCUUCCGCAGCCGGGAUUGGGUCCGCGACCCACAGAUCCGAGGCCCAAGCAGGAUCCGGGACGUCGGGGCUGUCCCAACCCGGGGGUCUCUGAGAACUGGGCCAGCCAGCAGGACAGGCACCCUGGGCGUGAGGCCGCUGACAGGCUCAGUGGCGGCGGCUGACGGCCGCAGGCGGCAGGGAGCUGAGACAUCUGUUGCCCACGCGGCUGCCUGCCCGCUGAGAAAAGGCCUCCACACGUCACAGCGGCGGCAGCAGCGGCGGCAGCAGCAGCCUUGUUUGGAGCUGACUGGGGAUGCAGGCCUCUGGCAGGUUCAUGCUGGCAGCAAGGCUGCACUGGCUGCCCUGUGCCCAGGAGACCUGAUCCAGGCCAUCAAUGGUGAGAGCACAGAGCUCAUGACACACCUGGAGGCGCAGAAUCGCAUCAAGGGCUGCCACGAUCACCUCACGCUCUCCGUGAGCAGGCCGGAGGGCAGGAGCUGGCCCAGUGUCCCUGAUGACAGCAAGGCUCAGGCACACAGGAUCCACAUCGACCCUGAGGCCCAGGAUGGCAGCCCAGUCACCAGCAGGCGGCCCUCAGGCUCUGGGAUUGGGCCAGAAGAUGGCAGACCAAGCCUGGGAUCUCCAUAUGGGCAGUCCCCUCGCUUUCCAGUCCCUCACAAUGGCAGCAGCAGUGAGGCCACCCUACCAGCCCAGAUGAGCAACCUGCACGUGUCUCCACCCCACAGUGCUGACCCUGCCCGAGGACUCCCACGGGGCCGGGACUGCAGAGUUGACCUGGGCUCAGAGGUAUACAGGAUGCUCCGGGAGCCAGCCGAGCCGAUGUCCACAGAGCCCAAACAGUCAGGCUCCUUCCGCUACUUGCAGGGAAUGCUGGAGGCUGGUGAGAGCGGGGAGCGGCCCGCACCUGGUGGCCCCCGGAACCUCAAGCCCACGGCCAGCAAGCUGGGUACCCCGCUGAGUGGCCUGCAGGGGCUGCCUGAGUGCACACGCUGCGGCCACGGGAUCGUGGGCACCAUUGUCAAGGCACGGGACAAGCUCUACCAUCCCGAGUGCUUCAUGUGCAGUGACUGCGGCCUGAAUCUCAAGCACCGCGGCUACUUCUUUUUGGAUGAACGACUCUACUGCGAAAGCCAUGCCAAGGCACGAGUCAAGCCACCCGAGGGCUAUGACGUGGUGGCUGUGUAUCCCAACGCCAAGGUGGAGCUCGUCUGAGCUGGACCCCAGUGCCCACCCCAGCUUCUUCUCAUGUCCCCAUGCAGCCCGUGUAAAUAUGUUCCACUCUGUCUCUCUAAUAAAGUCCCUCUGCUCAGCCUUGAA